UUGACUUUAGACUUCAGAUCAACUAAGCCGUGUCUCCGUUUCUGUCCGCUGGAUGGCGCUCACUACACGGAUUCCUACGUGGCGAUAACAAAGUGUAAAAUAUCGCCCUCUCCUGGUUAUGUUUAUGUUAGUUUACACUGUGAAAAUUAUGCAUACAUGCAGAUAACAGCAUUCCUCCAGUCAAGGAAAUUGUGAGUUGUGGGAACAUAUCCCAGUAUUUUUUUGUUUGUUUGUUUGUUUGUUUUUAACCAAACACGUACUUUAAUCAUAUGUUUGAUUAUAACUUUAAUAGGUCUACUCGGCUGUUUCAAGUAUACUAGUUACUGUAACGUGUUGAUAGUAGUUACACAAACAGGCCAGUGCCACCAUGCUCUGAGCUCGUUAACAUCGCCUCUGCUAAAUGUAGCUCUGGUUAAUCCUUGAGGUGAGCAGUGAGCCUGUCCCGCCUGAUCAGCAGAGAAAGUCCUGCGGGGACAUGGUCUGAGCGCAGACCCGGACCCCACAAAGACAUGAGGACUUUUUCUCUCGCAUUCACACACCCUCACCCUCAAGCCAUGUUGUUACCAGUGUUUGGGCAUCCUUACCAAACUCCCUGUGGUGACAUAGAGACCUCCUCUUGAGUGUGAACCAUGAGUGCAGACACAGACCCGGGCUGUGAGGCAGAUAUGGACUCUGAAAACCCAGAGAACCCUGCUGAGCUAGAGGACUUGGUAGCAGCCAUGAACAUCACAGCCAACCGCCUGACCCCCCCAAACGGUUACAGGACACACCGCCCCCCCCUCGCCAAAUCCUACAGGAAGAUGUCCCUGCAGGAGCGCCGCAUUGCCCGCCAGCCCACCAUCGAGACCAAACGGGUGUCCAUUACAGACGGGGAGGACUUUGUCCAGCUCAACCAAUACAAGCUGCAGAAUGAAAUUGGAAAGGGUUCAUAUGGAGUUGUGAAACUGGCAUAUAAUGAAGACUCAGAAGAGUAUUAUGCCAUGAAAGUUGUUUCUAAGAAGAGGAUGAUGAAGCAGUGUGGAUUUAUCCGUCGGUGGCCGUCUCAAGGCUCACAGCAGGAUCCAUAUCCUAACGCUGUGCUGCCUCUUGACAAAGUCUACAAGGAGAUUGCCAUCCUAAAGAAACUGAAUCAUCAUAAUGUGGUAAAACUAGUGGAGGUGCUUGAUGAUCCAAAUGAGGAUGGACUUCACAUGGCCUUCGAACUAAUGAAAAAGGGGCCUGUGAUGGAGGUGCCUACAGAUAACCCCUCAGAGGAGCAGGCUCUCUUUUACUUCAGGGAUGUGGUCCUAGGAAUAGAAUAUUUGCACUUCCACAAGAUCAUCCACAGAGACAUUAAACCAUCAAACCUGCUGCUGGGGGACGAUGGUCAUGUGAAAAUUGCAGAUUUUGGAGUGAGUCGAGAGUUCAAGGGCGCAGAUGCUCUGCUGUCAGGCACGGCUGGGACCCCCGCCUUUAUGGCCCCUGAAACCAUGACUGAGCACGAGCAGACCUUUAGUGGCAAAGCUUCAGAUCUGUGGGCAAUGGGAGUCACUCUUUACUGUUUUGUCUUUGGAAAGUGUCCUUUUUAUGAUGAAUACAUUGUAGCACUGCACAACAAGAUCAAGAAAGACCCUGUGGUAUUUCCUGAAAUACCUGCCAUUAGUGAUGAUUUAAAAGAUCUUAUUCAAAGGAUGUUGGAUAAAAACCCUGAAACAAGAAUCACACUCCCAGAAGUUAAGGUGCACCCAUGGGUGACAGAAAAUGGCACAGACCCACUCCCCCUAGAGGAGGAGCAUUGUACGGUGCUGGAGCUCACUGAGGAGGAAGUCAAGAACAGCAUCAAACUCAUCCCCAGCCUUUCUACUGUGAUCCUGGUGAAGUCCAUGCUGAGGAAGCGCUCUUUCAGUAAUCCCUUUGAGUGUCAAGCCAGACGCGCAGAGAGGUCCAUGUCUGCCCCUGGAGGUCUUCUUACUGACUUGGCCUCACUGCGGUCUUCUCUUCACAUACACUCAUCCUUGAGGAAAGUGAGCCGUGAGGGCAGCCGGGAGGGAGAGCUGGAGGACUUGUACGAAGAUGAAGCCUUUGCAGAAAGCGCUGAAUAAGGACAUAGAACAGGCUUCAGUGAGUCUGCUUCAGUAGAAGACAUUUAUGUGUUUUUCUUAUCGAGAUACUGUUUAAAGAUAACAGUGAUGGUCAGAUCACCUCUGUGUAACUUUAGAUGACCAAGAAUGUAGUUAUUAGCAUUAUACUGCUGUUUAUGUAAAUAUACUUCUACAUUUAUUUUUACA